CGAUUUGGGCGUCGAAACGUUAAUAAAAAUCAUUUUUUAAUAAUAUUGUGGCUUAUUUCCCAUUCUAAAUAGUUAAAAUUGUAAAAAUGCCACAAGAAAAUAGCUUCAGAACAACAUUAAAAAUACACCUAUUAGCAAAAUAUGGAAUGAAAUCAGAAAAUUAAAAAACGUUUAUAAUCCUCCCAAUAAUCCGAUAGUUGAAAAUGAGUGGACAUAUAUAUUUUUUAAUAAAAUUGCUAGACCUUGGGUUAUAGAAGGAGACAUUAAUCACAGGAACCUAACGGAUAAUAGACAUGACAGUGACGAAGCAAACGAAGACAACAUGUUUCUCACACAAGCAUUUAGUCUGGAAGAAUUAAAGAACUGUCUAAAAAGACAUAAUAAUUCAGCUCCAGGAUUAGAUGGUAUACACUAUAGUAUGUUGUAUAAUUUACCCAUACAUAAGAAAGUUCAACUACUAAGUGUAAUAAACAAUAUCUGGAUGAGUAUGGAUAUACCACGUGCAUGGAAAGAGUACAUCAUAGUUCCAAUUCUUAAGCCACACAAAUCACCAAACUGUCCGGAUUCGUAUAGAGGCAUUUCACUAUCAUCAUGUGUGUUAAAAACAAUGGAAAGAAUGAUUAAAUGUAGACUAGAAUUAUGGUUAGAAAAAAAUUCUAAAAUAUCUGCAACACAAUUCGGCUUUAGAAAAUCAUGUUCUACGAUGGAAAAUUUAACGCACUUAAUACUGGAUAUAUAUAUAACUCAUUUUCCGCCAACAAGUCGGUAUUUGCUACAUUCAUAGAUAUAGAAAACGCAUAUGACAAUGUGAACCUACAACUUCUAUACCACAAAAUGAAGGAAAUAGGACUGCCAGAUACACUCUGCUGGAAACUUCAUCAACUUUACAUCAAUAGAACUCUUUAUCUUCAAAUCAAUAACAAACUAAUAGGACCCAGAGUUUCAAACAUCGGGUUACCCCAAGGGAGCAUCUCAUAAGUCCAAUAUUAUACACUAUUUAUACAGCACAUAUAGCAUAAUUACCAGCAAACAAGGUAAAUAUUACAAUUUGCAGAUGAUAUAUGCAUAUAUGUAGAUCAAUUGGAAAUAGAACAAGGCAGUAGAAAAAUAAAUACAGUAUUUAAACAUCUACAAGAAGACCUAGAUCAAAUAGCAUUAAACAUAUCAACCAAAAAAACACAAGCUUGUAUAUUCUCCCGAAAACGAAACAUUCCAGAAAUAGUGGAGUUGCAAAAUGUCUCGUUUAAAGUUCAACCUACAGUUAAAUAUUUGGGUAUUAUACUGGAUAGGAAAAUGAUUUGGAAAGAUCAUAUUGAGUAUAUCGUAGCAAGAGCUGACAAAGGGUACAAUGCGUUACGAGCAGUAAACUAUACAACCUGGGGAGCAGAUCCCAACAUAGCAUUACUAAUGUAUAGGUCAUAUAUAAGAUCAAUAUUAGAUUACGGAUGUUACUUUUACAAUCAAACCGCCAAAACCCACCUUCAAAAAAUAGACAUCCUUUCAAAUAAAUGCCUCAGAUUAUGUAUAGGAGCUUUGAUGAGUACUCCAAUAUCAAACCUAUGCGUAAAAUGUAAUGAACCACCGUUAUGGUUAAGAAGGAAAACUCUGUGUGAAAAAUUUAUAACUAAAAUGAUAACUAAAGAGAGCAUAAUAUGUAACAACUGCCACAAACUUUGUAUAAAUGACCUAACCACAGAAUACUGGAGGAAAAAGCCAACAUUACUACUUGCCGAAAGUUACAAUAGAUUAAGACAAUUUAAAAAUAAACUACAUACAUCAACUCUGCCAUCCAUGUUUCAGAUAAAUCUAAACAAUAUACCAAACAUACAACCAACCUACAUGAGAGAUUACUCGAAAUUUCCAGUUUACUUAAGGAAUGCCAUGUUUAAUGUGGAUAUAGAAACUUUAUUUCCGGAACAUUACCAAAUUUAUACCGAUGCCUCAAAAAUGAAUUCGAGGGUGGCCGCUGCCGUGUGGGACCCUAGGACAAGGUAUAAAGAGGGUAUAUGACUUUUUACAACAUUUUCAGCAGAACUUAUUGCAAUACUGAGAGCAUUGCAGUAUAUAAGCAGUAUAAACAAUAACGAAGAGAAAUUCCUAAUCCUUACAGACAGCAAAAGUGCUUUACUUAAACUGGAAAGUUUGAAGGAUAUAUCAAACUACAUAUAUAUUGAUAUUAUUAAGGCUUAUAUCGCACUUAAGGAUAAGGGCAAACAAAUAUCAUUUUGUUGGGUAAAAGCCCACUCUAAUCUUAAACACAAUGAAAUAGUAGAUACUUUAGCUAAGAAGGCUACCGAACAAGAAAUUGAAAGUGAAUAUAAAUUAACAUUAAAUGAUAAAUAAUUAACAUUACGCUAAUAUUACUAGCAAUAAAACCAAAACCUGGCAACAAUGGUAUAACAACUCAACAAAAGGGCUAUUCUACAAAAACAUACAAUUAAGUAUUCCAGCUAAAUCAUGGUUUAAUCAUUAUCACGGCGAAAAAAUCGUUGUUUCAUAUAUAUGCAGACUUAGAUUUGGACACUGCCUAAUUCCAGAACACAAAUUUAAAAUAGGUCUUAGUGAUAGUAAUCUUUGUGAAUGUGGUGAGUUAGGAUCUGCAGAACACAUGAUACUAAACUGUAGACUAAAGACAAUCGAAAUAAAUCAUUUCAUGAAUCAAGUAUAUAGAGAAACCAAUAUUACAAGACCUUUUAAUCUAAUAACAAUAUUAUCUAGUUUAGACGAACGUGUAUAUGAGAUCCUAAUUAAACACAUACUUAAUAUAAACUUAAAAUUGUAAACUAUAAUACCUGUGUUUAUCCCAUUUGUCUACCUACCUUUCCGUGGUCUAAUCUUGUGUGUGUGCAUUGCUCUGAAAGACCCCUGAGCAGAAGUACUCCUUGUUGACAUUCCUUAUAAUACAAUUAAAAAAAAAAACAAAAACAAAAAAUAAAGAAAAAAAAAGAAAGCAAAAAAAGAAAGAAAAAAAAUAUAAAUAAUAAAAAAUAAAAAAAAAGAAAAUAAUAAUAAUAAAAAAAACAUACAAUAAAGAAUAAUAUUGAAUAAUACUAGAAUAUAUAUUUAUAAUAUAGAUAUAUGUAUAUAAAUGUGUAAUACUGUAUGAUUGUAGCUAAAGAUUAAAUUAUCCAUUUAUUGUUAUAGAAUCUAGGUAUAUCUUUAAAAUACAAAAUCCUAUUUUAAUAGUAAUAUGUGAGAUAAAUAUCUGUAGAGCAAAAAUAAGUUCGGCUAAUGGAUUAAGUCCACAGUCAGGAAAUUCGAUGACACACACACACACACACACACAUAGAACAAAAGACGACGAAGCAAGAAGGAUGAUGGAUCAAAUCAUGAAAUUGACCAAAACCGUCCAAGAAAUGACAAACAAACAGACUGUCACAAUAACAAAAAUAGACGAAAGUCCAAUGACCUGGGAACCGACAGAAAAUGAAAAACAUGAAGAAUCAGAAACAGAGACAACGGUAUACAAAAACAAGUCAUACCAAAAGUCAAUCCUAUCCAAAAGGAAAAAACGAGAGGUAAUAGAAAUAAUAAAGCCUCCCAAAAAAAGCCAAACAAAAUGAAGACAACGUAAGCUCAGCUGAAAAGCAGAGACACAUAGUUGAAAAGAGAAAAGAACAAGAAAUGGACGACAACAUAAGAGCAAGAGAAAUAAGGAAAGCUGAACAAGCAAAAGAAAAAGAACCACAGACGGGAAAAAACACCCAAAUGGACGAGGACGCCGAUGAAGAAAAAGAAGGUUUCACGGAAGUAAACCGAAAAAAAGGAAACAAAAGAAAAAACAAGGAGAAAACUGAAAAAGAAAAUCCAGACAAACAGGUAAAAUCCAAUUCAGAAAAUCAGACAAAAACCAACAAAGACCAAAAUAAUGAAAAAACACCUGACAAAGGAAAAGCGGCCACAGCCUCGACCAGCAAGACUGUGGAAACUACCCAAAACAAAAACAACAGAAAACCGCCACCAAUAAUACUGAAAACAAUAGAGUCUGGCCAGGAUAUACUGAAUACAAGUGCCAAACAAGGCAUAAUAACAGAAAAUAAAUUUGCAAAGUCAGGCAGAAGUAUUAAAAUUCAAUCUAGAAAUAGAGAGGAUUAUCAUGGCAUGUUAAAAAUACUAGAAAAUAAAGGCAACCAAAUUGAAUAGGCCGUUCCAACAUGCUGUCAAAAUUAAAUCAAUAUGGCUACUGGGAGUAAAAGAUAAAUGUUAUUCUAUCUGUUCUUAAUGUAUUUUAGAUAAUUUUAGCUGUAUUUCUUUGUAAUUUUGUGUUGUACAAAGAUUAAUUUAACAUUUUCUCUGGAAGUAUUAAUUUAGAAAGAUAAUAUGCUUCAUUGGUGUUGUGUUUUGAAGUGUGGAAUGCAAAGUAAUCGUGAUAAAGUCAAGAUAAAGUUCACUUUUAAACUGAACUAAAGGUAUCAUCUGAGAGACAACAAUGGUUAAAUGCAAUACAAUGUAAAGGUUUUACUAGCGAAAUGAAAAUUCUCCUGUCCUGUCUGCUGUAAUCAUUUUAUAUCUGGUAAGUUACAAUUACAACAGUAACGAUUUUUGAAGAUGUUAACAUUUUAAUCUUAUAGGAAAACCAGCCGACUGAAUCGAUAAUAACAAUCCAGAUUGGGUUCCUUCAAUAAAUAUGGGCUAUAAACACAAUGAAAUAAGUUCCCCAAAAUCUAAAAUGGAGUGGUAUCAAAGGAGAAUUAAAAGAAAAAUAUUCAUAAUGAAAUUAUUUAUAAGGCACUGGACUGUCUUAAAUUCUACAAAUACUAGAAUCAGCUGAGAGAAGUGGUAUACAAAAAAACCAGGAAGGGAAUGGAAUAUGUGGCUACGAAAGGCAAAAGAAAUGAUUACAAAGCAAAUGUGACACAUUUUUUUAAAAAUAUGUAGGAAUAUCAGUAAACUACAUUAAAAAUGUAUGAAAAGAUUUUGUGCAAUAAAAAUGUUUAUAUUUA